AAAAACCGGUUAAGGUGCGCUAUCGAUAUUUUUAUUUUCAAAUCCAUUUUCUGUAGAACUAUUUUUACAAAUGGACCUACAAGUUCAUGAUGAAUUAGAUGAAUGUAUUACCAAAAAGCUAAAAACAGAAAACAAUCAAUUAGACGAGACUGUUGAAAAAACAUUUAAAAAGCCUGAUAGAUGUAAUUUAUGCAGACAGUUUUCUGAUUCUGUUAACUUUUACAGUGGCCAUCCCAAUAACUCAAAUGAAGAAUUUAUAGCUUUAACUGAUCCGAAGCUUUCUGUGUUUACAGGAGACGAGGAAAUAUAUAAUGAAGAAGAUACUCCCACUCAUCAGCUCACUAACUUCACUGUGUAUGACAAGAAUGGCCACUUAUGCCAUUUUGAUUCUGGAUUAAUUGAAAAAAAUGUUUCGCUGUAUUUUUCUGGAUACAUUAAACCUGUUUAUGAUGAAAAUCCAAACGCAGAUAAUGGAGUUCCUGCCCAUGAUCUUGGACCAAUUGAUGAAUGGUGGAUGGCAGGCAUGGAUGAUGUCGAAGGAAACAUUAGGGUUGGAUUUACCACUCAGUUUGCUCAGUACUAUUUAAUGGAACCAUCUUCUCAAUACCACUCGAUGUUUAAUAAAAUUAAGGAGAAAGUCAAGCUAAGCAAGUAUGUAAUAGAAUUUAUCAGUGAUCAUCAUUGGGAAAAUCCUAAGUAUGAAGACUUGCUGGAAAACAUUGAAGGAAGUGGAGAAUAUACAAAUGUAGAGGACACAUUACUACAACAUGCACAGUUUAUUUGUGAUCAGGUACUGAGUUUUGAUGAAAAUAUUACCGAAGAUGAAAAACCCCUAAUAGCACUGCCAUGUAUGAGGUCUCUAGUAUCAAUGGCAGGUGUGUCAUUCAAAAGCUUGAAAAAGAUUAAACCUGUCAAUAAGAUCAAAAAAGAAAAAAAUACCAACAUGAGUAAAGCUGUAACAACUAAACUAGUACACGAUGUGUUUGAGUAUUUCUUUUCCGAUCAAAUUGAUGCUAAAAUUGUGGACAAAGGCCCCAAAAAGAAGCGGUGUGGUAUUUGUGAAGCGUGCCAGUCGCCUGAUUGUGCAGAAUGUAACCAUUGCAGAGAUAUGGUCAAGUUCGGAGGUCCAGGAAAGUUGAAACAAGCUUGUAAACGGAGGAGGUGUAUGCACAUGGAGGUACUUGACGCAGAAGUAUCAGACAAUGAGGAUGAAAAAGACGUUACGUGUGAAGUUAAACAUAGAAGAACAAAACAUGUGUCUACCAAAAUUAUACACCCCGUAAAAUGGAACGAGGAAAUUGAAGAAAAAUAUAAUGGCAACACUUGUUACUCAUCAGCUACUGUAGGUGAUUUCAUGGUUCAACUUGGCGAUUACGUAAUGGUUAAAUCCAAACUUCCGAAGGAACCAUCUUACAUCGCUAGAAUAACACGAAUGUUUUAUCAGUCGUCAAACCAAUAUAUGUUUCACGGCUUUUUACUAUGUCGUGGAUCAGAUACCAUAUUAGGAGAAACUUCGGAUCCAAGAGAAUUAUUUAUUGUAGAUGACUGCGAGAAUCUUGUACUAGGAAGUAUUAUAUGUAAAGUGAAGGUAAUAUUUCGCCAAAUUCCUGAUAACUGGUCAUCGUUAGGUGGUGAACUAAGCUUGGAAGAACACUGUGACGAUGAUGACAAAACAUUUUAUUUUACUAAAAGAUUUAAUAAUAACAGGUUCGAAGAUCUCGAUUUUGACCCAGAAAUAAACAUCGGCCGUUGUGAGGCCUGCCGGCGAGAUAAAAUGUUCGAAAAAAUGGAUACUCCCACUCUAGUAAACAAUUUUAUUACGUGGAAAAAUGAAGAAUACAAAAUAGGCACAGGGGUAUUUUUACAUCCAGAAGUUUACACUUUCUAUAACUUUGCAAAAUUUGAAGAACGUAAUGAAAAUCGAGUAAAUUUAUUCUUACAUCCGGAGUAUUUUCGCAAAAGAACAGAGAACGUAAAAGGGUCCAAUGAUAACACCAGCGAUCCAUUUGUUAUCGGUAUAAUAGAGGACAUCAAAGAAUCAAAUAGUAAGGAUAUUAAGAUCGAAGUUAGAGUUUUCUUUAGACCGGAACAUACUUAUAUUAGCACAACUAUGGCCUAUAAGAAGGAUCUGAAUUACUUGUUUUAUAGUGAUGAAGUAAAAACUGUACCAUUUAGCAAAGUAGAAGGAAAAUGUUAUUUGUCAUAUGGGUAUAAUUUUAAAUCUAUAACUGAAUGGUCCGAACAGGGUCCCUACCGGUUCUAUUUUACUGAAGCUUAUGAUCCGGUAAAUAAGAUAACAACAGAGCUUUCUGAAAAUGCAAAAAAUAUCGGCAUAAGAGGAAAAGGAAAAGGUAAUGACGGAAAAGUUAAAAGCAGUUCAAAACAGGCAAAUGAUAUUACGGAGGUACCACCGAUAUGGGGUACUAUCGAUAGGCCUCUCAGAUGUAUGGAUGUAUUUGCUGGCUGUGGAGGUCUUUCAGAAGGGUUGAAAAUGAGUAAAAUUGCUGAUUCCAAAUGGGCGAUCGAGAAGGAAGUACCUGCAGCAAAUGCGUUCAAGCUAAACAAUCCUGACUGUAAAGUGUUCAUAGACGAUUGCAAUAAUUUAUUAAAGUUUAUAGUCAAUAACGAAGCUAAAGAAAAAGGUUUACCUGAAAAAGGAGAAGUAGAGAUGAUAGUGGGGGGACCGCCUUGUCAAGGAUUUUCUGGAAUGAACAGAUUCAAAUGCAGAGAUUACUCUUCGUUUAAGAAUUCUCUUGUUGUUUCGUUGUUAACUUUUUGUGAAUAUUAUAGGCCACAAUAUUUUAUAUUGGAGAACGUUAGAAACUUUGUAUCUUUUAAAAGAAGUAUGGUUUUAAAGUUAACACUGAGAUGUCUUCUUACUAUGGGAUACCAAGUGACUUUUGGAAUAUUGCAAGCAGGUCAAUAUGGGAUUCCCCAAACUAGAAGAAGAUUAAUUUUGAUGGCUGCUGCUCCAGGAAAAGUUUUGCCAAACUAUCCUGAGCCAUUACAUGUAUUUAAUAAAAAGGGCACUCAUCUGAGUUUUAACGUAGAUGGAUAUGGCUAUUACAACGAAUGUGAAUGGACAGACUCAGCCCCAUAUCGAACAAUAACUGUAAGAGAUGCCAUAUCUGAUUUGCCGUCCAUUAAAAACCGUUCUUCUAAAACCGAAUUGCCUUACGACUGCGAUCCAGAGACACAUUAUCAAAGGAUGUUGAGAUGCGACAAUAACGUCCUAGUUAGAGAUCACGUUAGCAAAGAAAUGUCGGCUCUAGUCGAGGCUAGGAUCUCACAUAUACCGACUUAUCCAGGAGCAGAUUGGCGAGACUUACCCAAUAUUCGAAUAUCGAUGCCCGAUAAUACGCAAACUUAUCUUUUGAGAUAUCCCUACAGAGUUAACAAAACGAGAGGAGGCGUAUGCCAGUGUAUACUUGGGAAACCUUGUGAUCCUUCAGACAGACAAAUAUAUACCUUAAUUCCUUGGUGCUUGGCUCAUACUGCUGAUCGUCAUAAUCACUGGGCAGGACUUUAUGGUAGACUCGAAUGGUUUGGAUAUUUUGGUACUACCAUUACAAAUCCUGAACCCAUGGGAAAACAGGGUAGAGUUCUUCAUCCCAAUCAACAUCGAGUAGUUAGCGUAAGAGAGUGUGCGCGAUCGCAAGGAUUUCCAGAUAAAUUCAGAUUUUGUGGAAACAUUUUGGACAAAUACAGACAAAUUGGCAACGCAGUGCCUCCUCCUUUGGGAGUUGCAAUCGGUAAAGAGAUUAUAAAAGCUCAAAGGAAAAAUAUAGAUAACCAAAGAGUAGUUCCCAUGGAUGCGGAAACGACAAGCUGUUUUACAAAUGGUCUUUCAUAAGUAUUUUGCAUUAAGAUGUAUGCAUUGUGAUACUUCACUGAUUUUUCUAAGUAGAGGGCUCAAUUUUAGUUAUUUUUUUCUUUUUAUGAAUACCUACUUAUUUUUUCAUUACUUGACUGAUGGGGUAGGGGAAGUCGGGGCAAAGUGAACCAGUUAAGAUUUGUCAAAUAAUAUGACUUAUACGAAAAUAAUAAUGACGACUAUUUUUUGUUCAUACGAUAGCAGAAUCAUUUGGCUACAUAUUCCAAUAUCUAAAAACUAAAAAACAGUUUUAUGUAAUAUGCUGUAAACAUAUUUCCCAAAA